CUGUCCCUUAGUAAUAUGAACAGAUGUAAUAUUAUAGGCAAUUUCUUUUUUUUUUUUCUUUUUUUUUGUGGGUGAGGGGGAGGGUGCUCAACAUGGUAUGUUUUUAUUUAGUGUUAUGCUGCGCUCCAGUUUCAGAAUUCUACCGCCCUGAAAUAACAUUGUCAUGCUUGCAUUUAUAGUUGUAUUUAGCGAUUCAUAAGAACCUGUGCUGUGAUUUAAUUACAUCCAUAAGCUUGUAUUCGUGGGAAAAGCAUAUAAGGAUCGGAGCCUGGGAGCGACAGGUGAAUGAGGGGCUGUUUAACAGUCUGCGCAACUUCUUUGAAGUGCAACCCAUGCGCCGACGGCUCCUGUUUGUCAAUGGGACGCGGUAAUUCAGCUAGUCAUUGACGCAUUUUCACAGCGAGACGUUACCUGCAGGACAAAUCUUUCAAUCAGCCGCGUAGGAGCAUAUAAGUAUAGUCAGAGCAGGGAAGCAGCACCAUUAGCUGUCGUAUACACAAGCAAAAGAUCUGCCAUGGCACAACUGGAUAUCCUCUCAGCCAUGGCCUUGUCCACGCUCUGUCUGUUUCAGCUUGCUUCCACUUGGACAGUGAAUAAUUUUCUUAUGACGGGUCCAAAGGCGUUUCUUACCUACGCCAGCAGUGUACAGACAGGCGCACAAAGAGGAAUACGAGAGUGCAAACACCAAUUCGCUUGGGAGAAGUGGAACUGUCCAGAAAGCACGCUUAAACUAUCCACACUUAACAGCCUCCGAAUUGCCACAAGAGAGACCUCGUUUGUGCACGCCAUCAGCGCAGCUGGAGUGAUGUACACGCUCACCAAGAACUGCAGUUUGGGAGACUUUGAGAGCUGCGGCUGCGAUGACUCAAGGAUUGGCCAGACAGGAGGCAGAGGAUGGAUUUGGGGAGGUUGUAGUGACAACAUUGCGUUCGGAGAAAAGAUCUCCCGACAGUUUGUGGAUGCCCUGGAAGAUGGGCAUGAUGCACGCGCAGCAGUCAACCUCCAUAACAACGAGGCGGGAAGACUGGCGGUCAUAGCAACCAUGAAGAGAGCCUGCAAAUGUCAUGGGGUGUCUGGAAGUUGCAGCAUCCAAACCUGCUGGAUGCAGCUGGCCGAUUUCAGGGAGGUGGGGAGCUACCUGAGGAUGAAGCACCAGCACGCCAGGAAGCUGGAGAUGGACAAGAAGCCAAUGAGAGCGGGCAACAGCGCGGACACCAAGAGAGCCAUAGCGCACGCCUUUAGGAGCAUCUCCAAAGCGGAGCUCGUAUAUCUGGAGGAUUCCCCAAAUUACUGUAUCAAGAACCUCAGUCUGGGACUGCAAGGCACAGAAGGGCGGGAGUGCCUGAAAGGUGUCAGGAACGUGUCCCAGAGGGAGAGGAGGAGCUGCCGCCGGCUGUGCUACGAAUGCGGCCUCAGAGUGGAGAAGAGACGCACUGAGGUGGUCAGCAGCUGCAACUGCAAAUUUCACUGGUGCUGCACAGUCAAGUGUGAAAAAUGCACGCAGGUUGUCACUAAAUAUUACUGCGCGGGUAAAGACGGCGCAAGGAAACACCACAAUAAAACCAAGCGCAAACCCGUGACGCGCCGACAGUGA